UAUCAUAUCCUGAAUCAAUAAUGUGAUAACAUUUUCCCUGCUUUGACUGAAUUCAUUGGAUCAUCGCCGAUUUGUUCCUCGAUAAUAUAAUUUUACUCAAAACGAUAAGUAAAGAAUUUAAAUGACUGCCACAUAAGUAGGCCAAAAAGGGUCGUCGUGCAUCGUUCAACAUAUAACAUCCCGAGAACGUAAAGAUAGAAAGAUAAGCCCACAAACGUUAUCACAGGAUAGCUCGAUGAUAUCUCUCCAGCUAUUAUCAUCACCAUUCGUCACCUCAGUGUUCUAUCGUACAGUUCUCACCUUAAACACACCAAUUUCCGCAAUUAGUACCAAAAGCCAGUGGAACAAUGGGUAGUUGGUCUCUCGGCCCAUGUAAAAGGCCCAAAUUAGUGUCAAUUAUUUUAAUUUUCUGCUUGAUAAACUCCGUUGUUGCGCAAUCGGGGAAUCAAACAUUGGAAAGUGCUUUCAAUUUGGAGCCUAUCGAGUCUUCCGAGGUCUCGGGAACACAUCAGGAUGAAGCUGCGCCAGAGGAAAGAAAAGACGCGGGAAAGGCGGAUACAGCACCGUCGGAGGUAGAAGAUUUGGUUGAGAAAUUAUCCGAUGACACUGGCCAUGUCGAUCAGGACGAGACUAAUCUCAAGACUGAAGAUCUACCGGAGAUUCUGGGAGCCUCUCCAGGAGGUUCUGAUCAUGAUCCUCAUGCUGAUGAUACUCAGAGGAUUCAUCAGGAAUCAUUGGGAAUAGGCAGGGGAAUUGAUGAGGCACGCAGUGAAAAAUACGUCAGUUACGAUUCUGAUGAUCCAGAGGCGAACAGAUGUGCACCAACGCCGGAAAAUUCACCGCGUUAUUACGUGAUGACUGAGGAGAGAUGGAGGAAAAUUCGGUCCGAGAAGAUGUACUGGUAUUUUGAUAAAUGCGGGGACAAUAAUAAGGGCGAUUAUCAGACUGAUGUGCAUUCCUCAAUGCCGCAGAUACAUAAAAAUUUUAAUUUCCAAUUACCGUUCUAUGGAUUUCGAUACAAUUACACAAGGUUAUCAAUCAAUGGAUACCUGGAAUUCAGUGAUCCUCCGAAUCAUUACACGUAUCCACUUGUUUUCCCCGUGAAAGACUGGCCCAAGAAAAAUGAUCCUGCGUUUAUUGGCAUUUUCUUCAGCAAAUGUCGGAUUGGAUCGCUUAGACACAGUGAUAUCGAUCGACGAGAGCCAGGUGUUUACUUCAGAAUGGAACGGGACUUGCAGAAGAGAACCGACCAGUUCGGUGUAGAAAUGAGGGAAAGAGUAAAAUGGGACAUUCGGGAGGGUGUAGUUGGGUCUGACACAUUUGAACCAAAACACGCUGUCAUCGUCACGUGGAAAAAUAUGUCAUUCGCUGGUGGAAUUGACAAUUCUCUCUAUAAAACUAAUACCUUUCAAUUAGUCCUGGCAACUGACGAGGUUUACACGUACGCUAUCUUCAAUUAUCAUGACAUACAGUGGACCAGUCAUACUGAGGCUGGUGGUGAUACCACUGGUGGCGAGGGUGGAGUGCCCGCCUACGUGGGUUUCAAUGCUGGUAAUGGAACGCAGAGCUACGAGUACAAACCAUAUUCGCAAAUGUCAACUAUUCGCGAUCUGACGAGCCGCGGCUGGGCCAAUGGAUUUGAAGGGAGACAUAUUUUCCGGAUUGACGAGAAGAUAAUGCAUGGAACCUGCAACAAAGACAUCGCUGGAGCACAUUUACCAUUGACAUUCGCCCCUGAAAGCGGAAAUAUGCUCGGUGGUACAGUAGUAAAUAUAACAGGGCCUUGUUUCCUCCCAAAGGAUAAAGUCAAAUGUCGUUUUGAUACUGAGGAAGUCUUCGGCACUGUCAUUGACAGAAAUCGCGCUGUUUGUAUUCAGCCAUUCGUGAAAGCUGAGGGAUACAUCAGGUUCGCUAUCGUCGUCAACAACGGACAGUUCGAUUGGAAAGGAAAAUUUUUCAUCGAAACUCCAGCCACAGCUACGGAGAGGAUAUACUUCCAAAAUCGAGCAGUCCACGAGCGUAAUCCUCGGGAAAUAAAAAUAACAUGGGACGCUUACAACUUGACCAGCAAUCUAAAUUCCGAAGUUCAGCUGUCACUCUGGGGCUAUCGGGAGACGACCAUUCGACCUGAGUUCGAAUACAUCGGUCUUCUUGAAGGGAGUUGGACCAACACCGGGGAAUACACGAUAGCACCAGCCAAAUAUCGUAAUUACGAUAAUCCCUACCAGCGGGACAUGCAUUUUGGCUUCAUUUCGAUUAAUCUAACGAAACCCACUGAUUACUCAGGACUCGACAUCACACCGGUAUUAUGGAGCAAACCCAUCCCCCUGGCCUGGUACUUCGGCCCCCAGUGGGAGCGGGAGCACGGGGCCAAAUGGCCGCAGAAGCUCUGCGACAAUUGGAUCAUGAAUGACCGAUACCUAAAGAACUUCGCCGCUGAAGUCUCCCUCUGUCCUUGCACCCUAGGACACGCCUUGGCUGACAAGGGUCGUUACCUUCCCGAUCUCAGUUGCGAUAAAGACUCAAACCCCGAAUGCUUUUACAAUUAUGGAGCGAUCCAUUGUGUCACCACUGGAGCUCCCAAUCUGGACGGAUCAGAACAGCAAUGCUGCUACGACAAAAACGGCUACCUGAUGCUGACCUACGACCAGCAGUGGGGUUCCAAGCCCCGCAGGUCUCACAAUCUGGGAUAUCUCCCCUGGAACGAAGCUAACAAAGUGCCGAGUCUCUCUCACUGGUUCCAUGAUAUGGUGCCGAUGUACCUGUGCUGCAUGUGGCAGGAGGAGCAGGCGGUUGGCUGCGAGACAUUCAGAUUCGAGAGACGGCCUAGUCAGGACUGCAUUGCUUAUCAAUCCCCAGCUGUCGCCGCUGUCUUCGGGGAUCCCCACAUCGUGACCUUCGAUGACGUUCCAUACACCUUCAAUGGAAAGGGGGAGUUCGUCCUGGUGCGGGUGGACACUAAAAAGGAUAAACUGGAUAUUCAGGGGAGGUUCGAACAAGUUGUGAAUAGUGGCCCGACAGAAAUCCGAGGGACUCAGUUGACCUCCGUCGUAGCGAGGGGCAAUGACUCAUCGACCAUCGAGGUCCGGCUGAGACCUUCAAGUGCCCAAUGGCGAUACCGCCUGGAUGUCUUUGCAGAUCGUCGAAGGAUUUACUUCGACAGACAAUCCUUGAAAUUUCAACACUUUCCCGGAGUCGUAGUUUACACACCAACGUACAUUUUGAAUCAGAGCGAAGUCAUAAUAAUGUUUGAUACUGGGGCUGGGGUUGAAGUGGUGGAGAACCAGGGCUUUAUGACCGCGAGAGUUUAUCUACCAUGGACAUACAUGAAUAAGACCAGAGGGUUGAUGGGUAACUGGAGUAACGAAAAAGCCGACGAUUUCACUCGGCCAGACGGUCAAACAGUGCCACUGAGUCUGGACAGUUUCGAGGAAAUCCACAAGAACUUCGGUAUGUACUGGAUGCUGGAGGAUAAGGAGGACAGGUACAAAGGGGGUGCAUUGUUCACUCGGGAAUUCGGUAGAACAGCGAGUUACUACGCCAACGUAACGUUUGAACCAGAGUGGAAGAGGACACCCCAGGACAUAUUAGUAUCAAACAGCACCGAAAUAAAAUUUGCUCGCGAACUCUGUGGAGAGACGUAUCAGUGUCAAUAUGAUUAUGCAGUGACGUUAAAUCGGGAUCUUGCGCAUUUCACGAAGAAUUACUAUGACACACUCACCCAAAUCAAAGCGCUGAACUCGAAAUCAACGAUAUCUUGUGGGGUUUUGGAGACACCGAGAUUUGGCCGGAAGAGCAAUUUCCUGUUCAUUCCAAAUACCAAAGUGACGUUCGAGUGUAAUCAGGGAUUUAUCCUCAUUGGAGAUCAGAGGAGGUCCUGCGAGCCGAAUGGAAGGUGGAAUAUUCCAGAGUAUGGAUACACGGAGUGCCUCCGUCAGCAGGAGUAUAGCUCUCGACAGGCUGGUGUAACCUUUGGAAUUAUUCUCGGAUGUUUAAUUCCAAUUCUAAUGAUUAUUAUCUGUGGUGCCUUCAGAGUCGUUCAGGGAAGAAGGAAAGAACGAGAGCAGGAGCAGUCACAGAUGAGAUCUCGAACCACCGAACUCCAGAGGAUGAGAAAAAUUGAUGAGGACGAAGAGCCAACCACUUACCCUAGCAAAACGACUGAAAUAAAUUAAUGACACCUGAUAUUUUCGAUAUGUCAAAGACGACAGUCAGUGCUCUUCAUUAACUUUUACACAGUCUCUCCAUACAAAUUCACGAUGUAAUAUUAUAAGUAUGGAAAUGUAUAUUUACGACCUCAUUAACUUCAUCAGAUAUUUCAUAAUCCUCGAGUCAUUUCCCUCAUUAUCAUGAUCUUCUCUAUCAAAAUAUCCGUCAAUUAAUCUCACUGCAAUGUUUCAAAUACUUUUCUAGUACAAAUAAAUAAUUGUAAUGCACAA